AUGAAUGCGACAAAAGUCCAGAAGAACCAGCCAGAAGGCGCCUUGAGUGUCAACUUGCAAAGAAGAUUCGACGAGCUUUCUCGACAUGCGGAAGACCUCCACAAGGCCCAAUAUCUCAGGGAGCAUCUUUCCACUGCCAUAGACGAACUGGAUUGUGGCAGUGAUGUCUCAACAAGUCCUAGGAGCGUUGUCGCCAGAGAGCAGCCCAGCAUGGAAACUCCGACGAAGCAGCCGCGCCACUCACGUUUGCAUGAUUUGAGUGAAGAUUCCAAAUAUGCCUUUGGUAUGGUGCUCAAUUCUCAUGACAUUGAGCAAGAUGCCGUCACAAGACUUCUCCGACCAGAGGAAGCACACGUAAGGGGUUAUAGUACCCAUUCGAUCUUUACGAUUCCAAGCUCUGGUAAGCUGAGCCCCAGCGACUCACUUUCAGUGACAAAAGAGGCCAAACCUUGCGAGCCUCGCACUUGUCUAGAGCUACCAUCCAACAAGUAUAUUUCAAAUGAUGAGGAUAUUGGUAGCAGCAGCCCGCAAACACCUAGACGAUCGAGCGGCGGCGAGGAACCUAAUGAAAACAGCCGCAUUUUCGGUGCCGAUACUCUACAUUCCCAUGGAACAGAUGCAAGUUGUCCACAUGCUUUGCCAGAUGACCAACCUGACACAAACCGGGCUGGGACAGACUUACCAAGCACGACUGGUUACAAGCGCCACAGGCAAAAUACACAAUUGUGUCCCAGACCACAAACUCCAAGCACAGGGCCAGAUUCUUGGCCCAUUCUCAAGAAGGUCGGGCAGUCGCCACGAGAAAAGUCAUUGUUGAUUCCGAAUUCAGUAUCAUGGUCUCGACCCUCCCUUCGAAAAGUCUCUAGUGCUGUGGGUUUUAUCGAGCCGCGGAGUACUUGCUCUACACCAUCCGAGUGGAGAAGGGAUUUAAGAAAGGCUGAUGAACCGGCACAAGUAUCUCCCUCUAAAACUAUACCAGCGGGCACGCCAGUAUCAGAAUGGCGAAGUAGUCUGACGAAACCUGAGAGGACCACUCCGAGGGCUUCCCGCAGAAGCCCGCUCUGUGAGUCUUGCAAUCCAACCCUACGCAAGCCAUCUACAGCCAAGGGUGGAACGUCUGGAAGGUGUAGCCACAGGGACAGCCAUUCCGGCCACACGCACAAGAGCAAUUAUAGUAUGGAAGACCCGCUUACAGAACCGAGAUUGAGUGUUCGGGCCAUCGAGCAUUCGCUAGCUUGGAAGAGAGUGCAAGAAGAUAUUGAAAGACGGGUUAACCGGGAUGCGGAUGAAGUACCUUUUCCAUUGAACAGAGGCCUGGUAUUUGAUAAAGAAGAGCAAGAAACUGAAAACACAUGUCGAAAGCCUCCAGAGUCGUCUCAUUCCUGCCACUAG